CUUGCGAGACAGAACUCUAGGGUUUUUACUUCUUCACCCAAAAACCAGAGGUCCCGAGUUGUGUUGCAGAGAAGCCAUGGCUUCAGAGAAGAAGCUCACAAACCCAAUGAGGGAGAUCAAGGUCCAGAAGUUGGUACUGAACAUUUCUGUUGGAGAGAGCGGAGAUAGACUCACCAGGGCCGCUAAAGUCUUGGAACAGUUGAGUGGGCAGACUCCAGUGUUCUCGAAGGCAAGGUACACUGUUAGAUCUUUCGGGAUCAGGCGUAAUGAGAAGAUUGCUUGCUAUGUCACUGUUAGGGGCGAGAAAGCCAUGCAGCUUUUGGAGAGCGGGUUGAAAGUGAAGGAGUAUGAAUUGUUGAGGAGGAAUUUCAGUGACACUGGCUGCUUUGGCUUUGGUAUCCAAGAGCAUAUCGAUCUUGGAAUCAAGUAUGACCCAUCUACUGGCAUCUAUGGUAUGGACUUUUACGUGGUCCUAGAAAGGCCCGGUUAUCGUGUGGGCCGUCGCCGUAGGUGCAAGUCGCGAGUUGGCAUACAACACAGGGUCACAAAGGACGAUGCCAUGAAAUGGUUCCAAGUCAAGUAUGAGGGUGUUAUCCUGAACAAGUCCCAAAAUAUUGGUGCUUCCUAGGCGUUUUGCAGCAACAAUCUUCCUUUUUGUAGCAACAUUCUCUUCCUUAUUGUUAAGAUUUGUUUCUGUAAUUCGAGUUCAGUUUACUGUUCUUUGCGGAUUGUGAUUACAACCCUUUUUUUUUUUGUUUUUCUUUGACAAGGUUUUUUUGAGCCGUGGUGGAGAACUAUGUGAUAUGAUGAAUGCUAGUUUGAUUUGCUUUGGUCUCUC